AUGGCAAUUACACACCGUACCGUGACUCUUCAUAAACGUCCAUAUCAACCGAUUUUUGGUCUAUAUUUUGGUGAUGAUAUACCUUAUGGUGUUUAUAUAAUUACUAUAGAACCUAAUUCACCAGCAGCUGAUGCUUAUAUACAACCUGGUGAUCGUAUAUUAGCUGUUAAUGGACAAUUAAUAUCACAAAUGUUUGGAAAUCCAAGAGAAAUUGUUUCAGAAUUAGCAAAUCGUGUUCAAAGUUUAACACUUACUCUUCAAUCAACGAAUAUACUUAGAGUUAUUGAUGAACCAUUCACUAAUGGUUAUUAUAAUAAUUAUUAUCAAUAUUCAUCAAACUACAAUCAAGGAAUUGAUUAUGAUCUCGAAAGUUAUAUAAAAGGAUUAUUUUUUAAUGAAAAUUUGAAAAUUCGUCCUGUAUCUUCAUGGAAUAAUGAUGAAUAUAUUCUUGUGCCUGAUGAUUAUGUUCGUAGGCCUGAUGAAUAUAUUCUUGUGUGUGAUCAAUAUCCAAUUCGAUCUCGUCAUCGUCGUCGUCAUCGAAAACGAAAACAUCAUAUGAGAAAAAGAACUCAUACAUCAAGUGAGGAUGAACUAAGCGAAGAUAUGCAACGGUCAUCUUUACACCGAGUUGCACCAAGUAUGGAUACAUAUGAAGACAUGUCUUCGUUAAGUAUGCCACCAAUAAUAAAUAAUCAAGAACUCCAUAACAAUCAAAUAGUUAAUUAUCCUCAAGUUGGAUUUAAUGAACACCAACAAGGACUAUUAGACCACAACCAAACAUUAUCACCAACUGUCGAUGAAGGUUUACGUGAAGUACGUUUAUAUCGUUCAUCAAAUUCUCAAGAAUUAGGUCUUGUUGCACGAUUUAAUAAGCAGUACUAUACUAUUCAUCAUGUUGAGCAUAAUAGUCCAGCUCAACAGGGUGGACUUCGUAAACAUGAUAUUAUACGAAAAGUAAAUAAUCAACCAAUUGAAACAAUUUCUCACGACACUUUUCUUCAAGUUAUGAAGGACAGCAAUGAUAUUACUUUAACUGUUCAAAGUUUGGAUGAUUACAAACGUACUCAUCCUGAACAAUUCCAAAAUCAUAGCACUCAAUGA